CAUCAGCAAACAUGCCGGACGCACCGAAAGCUGCCAAGAAAGGCUCCAAGAAAGCCGUCUCUAAGGCCACCAAGAGCGGCAGGAAGAGGAGGGCAAGGAGAAAGGAGAGCUACGCCAUCUACGUCUACAAGGUCCUCAAGCAGGUCCACCCUGACACCGGGAUUUCCUCCAAGGCCAUGGGCAUCAUGAACUCCUUCGUCAGUGAUAUUUUUGAGCGCAUUGCCGGGGAGGCCUCCCGUCUGGCUCACUACAACAAGCGCUCCACCAUCACCUCCAGGGAGAUCCAGACCGCCGUCCGCCUGCUGCUGCCCGGAGAGCUGGCCAAGCACGCCGUGUCAGAGGGAACCAAGGCCGUCACCAAGUACACCAGCUCGAAGUAAACCUGCCCAUCCCUAAACAACACAAAGGUCCUUUUAAGGACCACACAAAUGCACCCUUAAGAGUUUAUAGUGCCAUCAAAGUGUUACUUCAUCAAAGAAUGAAGAACCCUUUUAUAAAAGCUACAAUCUACGUAUGGAAAAGUGACGGAAACAGGUAAGAGAGGUAA